GGUUUGCACAAACAAGGAAGGUCGUGGUAGCCUCGAGGCGCUGGACGAAGUUGAUGUUCUAAAUCCCCGAAUAGCGUUUCACAACUUGUUCAUAACAGUUUCCACCAAGGUCCUCAUCAUCUCUGUUGACCAUCAUGGCAGCAGUCUCGAUAUCCUCAUCGCCAAUCACGCAGGUGUCCCAACAUGCACCUGUGAACACUAGCCUUCAACCUCAGCUACUUACCAGGCUGCUCCUCGACCUCCGGGGCAGACGUUUCUCGGUUGACAGAGAAACUAUCAUGAAUCUCCCUGAAUCUGUUCUCCUGUGUCUCUUCCCUAACGGGCUCGUUUUGAGUCGUCAGAGCCAAGCAUUUUCGGAUGGUGGGGAAAACGAAGAGGACGACGAAGUAUACGGUGUCGAUUUCGAUCCAGAAUGCUUUGCAUACGUACUUGAUUUCUUCAGAAACGCAUCAGACACGUUUUAUGGGACCGCUACGUCGCCUGGUUUGUUCGCGGCACAACAACAUCUGCUUGACGGGUCACCUUCAGACUUUGGACCUUCUGCAUCGCAGAAUCCACUCCUUACCAAGCAGGCUAUCAUUGUGCUGCGCGAGGAACUUGAAUAUUUUGCGAUACCACCAAAGGAUGGGAGGGCUCUGACCGAUGAACACGGUACCGCCAACCAAGCGCUUCUUGACAUCAAGCAUAGGUGUGGACAAAAUGUCAUGGACAACCAAGCGCUUCUUGACAUCAAGCACAGAUGUGGACAAAAUGUCAUGGACAAGCGUAAUAUCUUCACUGCCCUCCAACGAAAUGUUCACAAGGAGAACAACAUUGCUGAGCAGCACCUUAUCGAUAUGUUGUGCAUGAGUGGGUUCAACCGAGACGACGAAUGGGGAUUCCGUGCUAUGGAGCCUUCGCGAUGCUGCAUCUCGUCAAUUGCUCUUGUAUUGCUCAAGACGGGCAUCGUACAUCAUCCUCCAGGACAAAAUGGCGAGCGGCCGGUCACCAUUGACUACAACCAAAUGGCUACGGCUCAGAAGUUGCUAUUGUUCUGGAGAAAACCGGCGCGCAAGUGCUGGUGGGAUGGCCUUGAGGUCGAUCUAGCUAGGCCUGGAGAACCAUCGCUUCCUGUGAAGCUGUGGGCAAGGCGAGUAUGGACCCUUGAGCUCAGCUUAGUCUAACUAUGAGGACGAUUGGAUUUUGUUGAUACGAACUCUUCUCUCUCCCGCGAUCCCUCCUUACGACCAUAUCACCGUCUUCCCCUGAUAUCUCAUCGAUACCCUCCACGAUUUUUCUGCUGCAACCCAUUAAUUAAUGCCACACACGCACCCUGUCACUUGCUAUCAUGAUGUAUCGGAGGGAA